AUGAAGAGAGCCCCAAUAGCUCGUCCAGGUCGCCAACUCGACACAUUUCUUGACAGUCUCUUCUACUGUCCGUCUUGCACAACAUGGCGGACCACGAAACGCCUGUCGUCCACCCUCCGUCGAGCCAUGCCUUCCAACCAUCGAGAUGCCUCAACUCUUAGCUCCAACACCGCCGUGAAUGCAACCAGAAAUGUCCCUCCGCGGUAUCAAGCACUCUAUGAAGCUCUGGCUGAAGUUCGGAAGAAGGCGUCUGCCCAAGUCAACCUGAGCAGGUUACAACUUGCCAUACAAGGACUAGAGUCGGAGACACCGACCACGAGAAUAGCAGUCUUGGGAUUGAACGUGCAGGACACCGCGCGCAGGCUUGUGAGGCUACUUCUGGCCGACGCGCUGGGAGAUGAGGAUGGGUGGGAGAAAGAGUUGCUACAGAGCAGUGAAGACUUCGGUCAGGGUCUGGUCAUUCGAUUUGGACAGCAGCCAAAUCCCAAUCUACAGCGACCGAGAAUGUCGAUCCCGGUGCUCUACGUAGCUUCGAAUGUUUUGGAAAGAAACCACAUAGAAAUCCUAGUGUCGACGAUCAGCGACCUGAGGACCGGUGAGCGGUUACAGAGCGCCCAAACCGUCCCUGCGGACGCAUUCUUGUCACCUUCUAUUGGGACACCCACGGCAGCCAAUGGCCGACAGACAACCAUCAGUCAACCGGUACACAGCACUCUCCUGGUGACAAAGGGCCUGGAAGAACUUCUUUCGGCAGCUGAGCUGUUGGCUUCGACGAACUUUACUGCGAUUGAGGACCGAGAGAACGUUAACCUGGUGGUCAAUAUCGAAGAGGCACGGGUGAACAGUCCCGGCCAGGUUAUGAUUGUGGAUGUGGCAAAGGCCGAGGAAGGCCUCGCAGCUAUCCGUCGUUCUGUUGCAGAGGCAACCACUUACGAACACAAAUGGGUUGACUCUGGGAUGCUAUCGUUGUCGACCUGGCUUACUCUAGCGUCAGCAGCAAGGUCCGAAGGCGCAAUCCCGACACCGAUUAAAAACCUCAUCUCUGCAUUGCUCACAAAUGCAACAAGAAAUCUCCAGGUACAAGCUUCUCUUGAGGCCCAGUCCAACGCCGCUAGUGCCUUGAGCGUUGCUGCACGAACGAACCUCGAAGCUGCGAUCGAAGAGUUUUCGCGCAACGCACAUCAGGAGCUACAAGCCGGGCUCGCUUCAGCAUGGACUUCACGCAACUGGCGGAAGCUAGCAUGGUACAAGCUCUUUUGGCGAGUGGAUGAUGUGGGUUUGAUCAUCACAGAUCUCGUCACGAACGCCUGGCUCCCGCAGACUGAGAGAGCAGUUUAUGAACUUUGUGGUCGAUUGUCGCAAGCAGGUAUCUCUCCGGUGGAUCUCCCAACCUCUCCAGCCCAGGCAGAGGCAUUCGAAACGAGGCCAGCUAGGACGCAGGAUGCGGCACAGGUCACUCCGGUGCUGCAGGCUCAACGCGACUUUGCAGCACAGACGCCUCUACAACCCGUCCUGACCAAUGAAUCUGGCAUAGCAGAGGUUAAGAUGGUACCUGCCCCGCGGCCCGUCCCUCUUUCGAUUUUCGUUUCCACCACCCGUUCCAAGCAGCUCGAACGUGCUAUUGCGGAUCUUACCGCGGCCGCUCAGCAGAUUGUGCUCAAGACCUUGUCUCUGACAGGGCUUACGGGUGGUCUCUCCGCGCUGACCUAUCUUUCCAUCACGCCAGGUAGCUUGUACGAGGCCGGCACUAUCGUGGCUCUAGGCACAGCCUAUGCACUACGGCGGAUGCAGACGGACUGGUUGAAAGUCACCAAAGCCCUCGAAGGCGGUCUCUACGAUGAAGGCAGAGCCGUGAUCCAAAGACUUGUCGGAAGAAUGAAGGAGCUGGUGGAGAAUGCCAGCAAGGUUCAAGUGGAUGAGGUUGAGGUCGAAAGUCAAAGAGAAGCCGAGUAUGCUGUAUCGAGGGCGAGAGAGGAACUGAACAGGCUCGAAAAGUAG